AUGGAGGGAUCCGCCGCUGCGCCGCUCCGCACACGAGUGUGCAUCAUAGGGAUCGGCCCCGCGGCGCACACGGCGGCGAUCUACGCGGCCCGCGCGGACCUCAAGCCCGUUCUCUUCGAGGGCUGGAUGGCCAACGGCGUGGCCGCGGGCGGGCAGCUCACCACCACCACCGUCGUCGAGAACUUCCCGGGCUUCCCUGCGGGCAUCAUGGGCAGCGACCUGAUGAAGCGCUGCCGCGACCAGUCCCUGCGCUUCGGCACCAGGAUCGUCACCGAGACCGUCGCCGCCGUCGACCUCUCGGCCCACCCCUUCCGCGUCGUCUCGGAUAAGUCCACGACCGUCCUCGCCGAUGCCGUCAUCGUCGCCACGGGCGCCGUCGCGCGCCGCCUGCACUUCCCCGGGUCCGAUGCGUACAGGAACCACGGCAUCUCCGCCUGCGCCGUCUGCGACGGCCCGGCCCCCAUCUUCCGUGACAGGCCGCCCGCCGUCGUAGGCGGCGGCGACUCCGCCAUGGAGGAGUCCAGCUUCCUCACCAAGUACGGCUCCCGCGUCUACAUCGUCCACCGCCGGAGCACCUUCCGGGCUUCCAAGAUCAUGCAGGACAGGGUGCUCAAGAACCCCAAGAUCCAGGUCGUCUGGAACUCGGUGGUUGUCGAGGCGUUUGGUGGCUUAGAAGGCGGCGGUGGCGGCCAUCAAGGUCAAGAACCUGGUGAGUGGUGA